AUGCAAAUACUUUCAUUAAAUUUUUUAAUAUACACCUUUGGUGGCGUAUGGCGGCCACUUGAAUGGUCCUCGACUAGCACUAAAGUGCUAUAUAACAUAUUUACUUCUGUUAUAUUAAUUUUGAUAUACUUCUUAAUGAUAACACAACUUUUGGAUAUCAUUUUUGUUGUCAAUAAUAUUGAUGAUUUUGCAACCAAUGCCUUGAUGUUUCCAACAAUUGUUGCGGUGUGUUUCAAAGGAACCAUUGUUGUUAUACGUAGAAAAGCAAUUAUUAGGUUAAUAGAAGCAUUGUUGAAAGAACCAUAUAAACCUCAAAACGAGGAUGAAAAAGCAAUACAAAAAAAAUUUGAUAAAUUUAUCAAGUCAUGUUCAAUAAAAUAUUCAUUUUUGGCGACAUGUUCCGUUACAGGUGUCACGGUGAGAUCAGUAAUAAACUUUAUGCAAGGACAGUUGCCUUAUAGAGUAUGGCUGCCAUAUGAUUCUAACAAAUUUAUUAUAUUUUUUCUCACGUCCUUGCAGCAGAUCAUAGCUGUGAUAUUUGUUACUAUCAUAAAUAUUGGUACGGAAACUUUAGUUUUCGGAUUAUUCUUGCAAACAUGCGCUCAAUUUGAAAUUUUUGAAAAUCGUCUUCACAAACUAAUAAUAAAAAAAAUAGCUAGACAUUUAAAACCGACACUUGCUUUGCCAACUAAAAAGACAGUAAUGUCAACUUACAUACGUCAUCAUCUCAGCAUUUACAAGUUAGUUAUACAAAUAUAA